UUCCUCUCUCUCUCCCCUGCCCUGUUUCACCAGGCUCAUGAGAUGGUAGUCCGUGGGCACCUGCCCACUUCCGAAGAUGACCUCCAAUAUCUGGCAGCCCUGCGGCUCCAAUCCUUGAACGGAGAUUUUAACCUGCAUGCCCCCGUGCCCCCACUCGAGGAGCUCUUCCCAGGACACUUGAUUGAAGUGCGUGCCUUGGCGUCUGCCAGGAUGUUGCUAACCAAACCACCCAACUGCUCCUCACGUUUCCAUGCGGGCUUUCUGUCGGGGGCUCUCCACAAUGGGCUCUGGGGCCAGAUGGCCGCACACAAACAGAAAGCUGAGGAGGACCUGCGGCUCCGGAGUCGCAUGAAGGAAGAAGGCUUGUCCGUGAUGGCAGCCAUUGUGGAACGGUGGAAGCUGCUGCAAGGCCUGAGUCGGGAGGAUGCCGUAACUACCUACCUGUCUAUCGUCAAGCAGUGGUCCGGGUUUGGCUCGACACUCUAUGACAUUGACUUCUAUGUCGUGAAUGUGCCAACUUUAUGGGAGAAGAGGAAGGGGAGCAGCGCCUGCUUAAACAAGAAUGAGAGUUCUACAGAAAACUGCCUGCACAGAGUGUGGCUGGGCAUUGCCGCGCAGGAGGUGUCGCUAUACAAGCAGGGGCACCGGGAACCUUUCGAGUGCUUCAGCUACAAUCAGAUCUCCUCCUUUGGCAUAUGUGAGGGCAACACCUUUAAGAUUAUUAUGGCCGAAAAGGAGCUCAUCUUUGAGACCAGCAGCUUGAGAAAGCUCAGUGAAAUCGGCCAGCUUAUGAAUGCAUACAUCGCCAUUGCCCACAGAAAACACCAGAGGAGGGCAGAGGACGAGCUGUUUGGUCUCUCUUUACCCAUCCCAGAGUCACCAUCCCACCCAGUCUAAGAACUGCCGCACCACGUGACACUCCCUCACCGAGAAGUAGAGCUUUUGGUAUCCUGUCACCACAUACUUGAAUGGCACUUGGUGGAGAGAGAGACCAUCUUACAUUGUCAUACGCAAUUCCUUAAAGAGCAGCAAGUGUUUAGCUGCUGAAACACAAUGCCAGAUUGUUGGACUGGACAGUGACCACAGGAAGUACCCAAGACAGUGGUGCAGGACAGAUGAACCGCGCCUGCACACUGAAGUGCAGGUCUGAGGCAGGCCCUCAUCCAUGCAAGUGACAUGUUGAAAAGCAGUGUGCCAUCUUGGAUCUUGAUGGGGUUUGAACUCACACACAGGCUCCAUCGACAGUUUGCUGCAGCCGCCAACUGAAUGUACCCUGUGAACCUGCUGGGGUCCUCGGGUCUGGCUGUACACCCAUUGGAGCAACUCCCUCUGCUCAAUUCACCCCUUACAGCAAGCCUUCCAUGUAUCCAAAGGUGUCAUCCACAAGCAUUCAUGGCCUGUGCCUCCUGGAGAGACACUGGAGGUGAGGGAAAUCGGCCUUUCCCUUCAAGUGCCAUUCAGUUUGCAGAGGGCUUAAAGAAGGGCACACUCUGCACUGCAUGACGGCAGCAUGCCAGGAGUUAAGCAGCAAUCGUUCAGCAUGGCACCCAUCGAUGGGAGGUGUGGGGGGAUCGGGCUGGUGGGUGUAAACAAAAAGACGACGACUUUGGACUGGUUUUGGAAAAGUUGGUGUAUGGAAGAGGACAUAAUAUUUUGUGCAAAACAAAAGAUAUAUAUUUUUUAAAUUUUCUAUUUAAUUUAAAUUUUUGUUUUAUGUUGGAGCUGCACCGACAUUCCUGUUCUUAUCUGUGCCAUCAUUUUAGGCUGGUUGCGGUCACUUUUGGUCUUGCAGGAUAGCAAGUGAAUAGAAAUGACAUUAAGAUGUAUCAUCUGAAAAGAACUACGUGCUUAAGUGCACUCAGCGUUUACUACAAUGGUGUUCUCUCUUUGUAUUUAAAAUUGGUCCCUUCGGUUUGUGUCAUCCUGGAAUGGCUCAAUAAGGAGUACAAUUAGAGAGACCAAGAGGUUAAUUCACAAGCUCAAAAAUCACUGCAGAUAACAACGAAAAAAAAAACCCAACAAAACAGCCAUCCUAUCGGACCAAAAGUGCCCACCUGUCCUAAGUAGAAGAGAUGUGCUUGACGUUAAUAGUGUGAGCUGGAUGGAGUCCAUGCAAUUCUGAAUUUUGCUGAAAACAAGCCACUGUAAUUUGACAUCCAUGUGCCUUUAACUUGUGGCGCAGUUUCAAAACCAAAUGACAGUUGUGUCUGGCUGGGUGGUUUUAAAGCCACAAAUACACUUGGUUUCAUUUUUUCCAAAUAUGACCAAAUGCUGGUGACUAUUUAUAGCGGACAUCUGCGAGUGAGCACAUCUCCACACGUCGCCUCAGAGUAUCAGGAUGUCGGUCAGGACCCUCGACCAGAAGAGUGAUGGUAACCUGUUGUUAGACAGCGUUGUUGUUGUAUUACCUGUGGGUUUCUGUUAAAGCUGCGGGCAGCUUUUGCAUCUGUCGUUUAAAUAUAUUAAUAAAGGCGGGGGAGGUUUGAAGUGGGUGGGUGGGUAGGAGGGCUGGGCAUUUUAUUUAAUUUGUAAGCUGUGUGGUACAUCAUUCUAUUUGUAUAGGCAGCUGCAUAAAAUUUGUAAAGACCAUUUGGAUGUGCAAUUUAAUGACAUAAUUAAAGCACCCUGGAAAAAAUGAGCAUGUAA